AUGACGUACCGUGAAGCGAUUGCAUUCUUUCUGCGAAACCUCGACCUUUUGGAGGAUUUUAUUCUCAAAUAUCUCACCACAAAGCAAAAACUGCGUCUUCUGGAGGUCUUGCAACAGGAGUUUGCCAAAGACCGCAGCUUUUCUCAAGAUGAGAGGAUAGUCUGCAUCGAAAAAUCGAAGAGCUCAACUUCGAGCCAGCUGCGACAGAGCGGUGGUAGAUCCACCCGGAUCUCAUCUCGACUGUUGGAGAGUAAAAACCCCUCCCUUAGGAGUCUGGGAGACGGUGUCACGGACGAGGUGCCCGCAAACGCAACGAAGUACAGGCUGCAAGAUUUUCAGUCAAUGGGAAUUUUCUUUAACCCGGACAAUCUGCCCCAGCAAAUACAGGCGAGCCUUACACCACAGCGAAGGACAGUCAGAAGAACCGUCCAGAAAGCCCUCCUUCCGGCCAUGAAACGGUUGUCCAUCCUGUCCGACCGUUCGCUCGGUAUAACGGACAGCGAACGGGAGGACACGGACAUCCCAAUACGCAAGAAGAGCAGAAUAUCACUUAAGGUAGAAGGACAGACACCCACCCACAAGGACGACAAAAUGUCUGAUACCUUCUCGAAAACCAUGUUUGAUUUCGGAGCUCUGCCACCGGAGAUGGAUGAAAUAAAUGAGGAGGAGUGGGAACGAAUUAUCUUUCAAGCGCAUCUUCAUGGAGGCUCUGACGCUCCCAGACAAACGGUCUUCCAUCUGCACGAAAGCGUUUCUCGGCCCUUCAGCGUGCCUGCCAUUGCUCACACUCUGAUCACCGCUAUCACCUCGGACAAGUUUACGCGGAAUGAGAUUGUGCAAAGCCUGGUUAACAACCUUCUUAUCCGUAAGUUCUUAUGCCUCAGCUUUUGGUUUUCUCUUUGUAUGCAAACUCCACUUCGAUUGAGUACCUAA